AUGGCGCUGCGUAACCCGGAUGAUCCUGCCUUCAUACCAGUCAGAAAUGGAGCGAGGCGAGACACGCGACGCACUCACCUCCCCCUAACGACUUACAAUCGCUUCUCUAUUCUCAGUGAACAGGUGGAAGAAACACAGGAGACCAGACUUGUGGGGGAUUCCAUCAUCCGAGGCCAACUAGAAGAAUUCUGUGGACGUGUGCCAUCUCGUAGACGACGCUACUGCCUUCCAGGAGCCACACUCCGUGACAUCACGGACUGUGUUGAGGACGUGACAAAGGACGCCACUAAUGAUACACUUUAUGUCAUCCACGCAGGUACAAAUGACGUCCACCGCUCCCGCUCAGAAGAACUGAUGGAGAAGUACAAGGAGAUGAUCAAGAAAUACAAGACUAAAUCAAGAAAUAUUGUAAUUUCAGAGACGGUCUCCACCUAA